UUAAAAUAAAAACAGAGGGAGAGAAAGUAUACAGGUGAUUCCUUAACAACACUUUUUAAGACUCUUCGUUAUUCUUUGCAUCUAUUCUCUUGUCACUCAUACGAUGGAACUUUAUACUCAUACAGAACCACCACCACCAUCACCUCCACCAGAUUCUGCCACCGUCACCAUCAACGGCGAAGCCACAUUGGAUGAAAACCUAGAACCACCACCACCGUCACCACCACCAUCAUCUUCAUUAUCACCACCACCACCUACGCCAGAACUUCAAGUCCCAAUACGUUGGCCAGAAAAUGGAAUUCUAACAAUAGAAUGGAUCCAAAACCUAAUACUCUGCUUCGAUUGGUCUUCCAAAAAUCUACCACCUUCCGAAUUCCCUUCCGUUCUUCCCGUUCAAGUCUUCGAUUCCCUCAUCCUCAUCGCCUCCAAGAUGCUUCACAAGGAACCUAAUUGCAUCCCUAUACAACCCUUCCGUCCCGAACCUGAUUCUUCUGCAUCCGUUGUCGUUGUUGGAGACGUUCAUGGCCAAUUGCAUGAUGUUCUUUUCCUUUUCCGAGAGGCUGGGUACCCUUCUCGGGAUCGAAUCUUUGUAUUCAAUGGUGAUUAUGUUGAUCGUGGAGCUUGGGGACUCGAAACUUUCUUGCUCUUGUUGGCUUGGAAGGUAUUCAUGCCGGAGAACGUAUAUUUAUUAAGAGGGAAUCACGAAUCAAAAUAUUGCACGUCUGUCUAUGGUUUUGAGAAAGAAGUUAUGGUAAAGUAUGGUGACAGUGGUAAACAUGUAUACAGAAAAUGUUUAGGAUGCUUUGAAGGUCUUCCUUUGGCUUCUAUUAUAGCAGGGUGUGUGUACACGGCUCAUGGAGGACUUUUCCGUAGUGUAACUGUGACGCCUGCUAAGCGAUUCAAAGGAAAGAAGAAUCGUAGGAUUAAUGUUAAUACUGACAGCAAAAAGCUAUCGCUUGGUUCUUUGGAAGAGUUGUCAAGGGCUCGACGUUCUGUCCUUGAUCCCCCUUGGGAAGGACAAAACUUGAUUCCUGGUGAUGUUUUGUGGUCUGACCCUUCUCACACCAACGGCCUUUCUCCAAACAAAGAAAGAGGCAUUGGUUUGGUGUGGGGCCCUGAUUGUACUGAACAAUUUUUGAAGAAGUACCAGCUGAAGUUAAUCAUCAGGUCACAUGAAGGCCCUGAUGCUAGGGAGAAGAGGGAUGGUUUUGAGGGAAUGGCUGAAGGAUACACUAUUGAUCAUGUUGUAGAUUCUGGAAAACUGGUCACUGUUUUUAGUGCUCCAGAUUACCCGCAGUUUCAGGCAACGCAGGAGAGGUAUAACAACAAAGGUGCUUAUGUUGUCCUUGAGCCCCCAAAUUUUGACACUCCGAUAUUUCAUGGAUUUUCGGCUGUAACUCCACGACCAAAGGCGAAUCCCUAUUAUGAUUAUGAAGAAGUGAUUGACUCGGACGGAGAAUUGGACUUGGCCUCCAUGGUAACUUCAUGAGAGAUUUUUGAAAGAAGUAAAUAUUUUGAAAUUGUCAGAUUUUGUAAAAUUUGUAUUAUCAUUUUUGAGAAACAGCUUUGAUCAUUAAAUUUUAGUUGUUUACUAUUCACCCUAUUUAUUAAGUUUGUGAUACCAAUUCCCUCAAAUUAAACAAGGCCCCAAAAGUACUCUUCA